AUGGUUUCAUUGGAAGAAAACAACGAACCUGAGCCGCUUACCCCGUUGGAAGCUGGUCCCUCCAACCCGCAGUUUAUUCCACAAACGAGUAUGCACUCAACGCUUAUUUCCGAUGACGAGCGAACUGUAAUCAACAAUCAAAAAGUACUCAGGAGAGAUUUGAAGAGACCUUCUGCGGGAGAGUUUAGUCCGGGAUACUCCACCUGGCCCCAUAAUAACUGGGGGAAUGCUUCCGCGGUUGGGCUAGCAGGUUUUGCAUUGACCGCUUUUGUUGCUGGAUUGAUUUUAGCCCGUGCAAUGGGUAUCACCACUUUGAAUGCAGUGAUGGGUGCUGCUGUUUUUUAUGGCGGGGUAGUACAGUUCAUUGCUGGUCUUUGCGAAGUAUUUAUUGGCAACACUUUUGCAGCAACAGCAUUUGUCAGCUACGGUAGCUUCUGGAUGUCAUUUGGAGCUAUAUUCAUCCCAACUUUUGGAAUUAUCGAAGCUUAUGGAGGCGCUGACAAUGACGACUUUGGCGAUGCUGCAGGUUUUUUCCUUCUUGGAUGGGCGAUUUUCACAUUCUUGAUGUUGCUUUGUACUUUCAAGUCCACCUGGCCAUUUGUUUUAUUAUUUUUCACCUUGGAUUUGGGCUUCUUUCUACUUGCUGCAGGAUUUAUGAGACAAAGUGUUCGCUGCAUUCGGGGCGGUGGCGUCGUGAUUGUACUCAGCUCUUUGUUUGGCUGGUACAGUUGCUUUUCUGGAGUUACUAACCGCUUCAACAGUUAUAUCGUAUUUCCUACAUUGCCUUUGCGAGUGUUCCAUAAUAAGACGAAAACAUUGCCAGCUUGA